UUUAUAUUUGAACACAUAAAUUAUGAAUUUUGUUGGCGAAAAUUAUAUAUUUGUCUAGAAGUGUGCAAGCAAACUGGAAGCUGGCAAAAUUUCGCUGUUUUCAGCCACGUCGACAAUUGUGUGUGUAUCUAGCUCUUGAUGUCGCCUGUCACGGACGGAUGGCGAAUUCAAUUUUAAUUGAACUGCAAUUGAAUUCAGUAAUUGACUUUUUAUUCUGCAAAAAUAAUUUCAAUUUAAAAUAAAUACUGAAAUUAAAAGAAGGAUAGAAAAAUGGGAAAGACUUCUAAGGAUAAAAGGGACAUAUAUUAUAGGCUGGCGAAAGAAGAAGGCUGGCGCGCUAGAAGCGCUUUUAAAUUGUUGCAAAUCGAUGAGAAGUUUCAUAUUUUAAAAGAUGUAACUCGUGCCGUUGACCUAUGUGCUGCACCGGGUAGUUGGACUCAGGUGUUAUCGAAACGACUAUACGAGAAUCGCACCAACAAUGAAGAGGUAAAAAUUAUUGCGGUGGAUUUGCAAGCCAUGGCGCCUCUACCUGGUGUAACACAGCUCCAAGGGGACAUAACGAAAUUGAGCACAGCUCAGGCAAUAAUCGAUCAUUUUGGGGGAGAAUCACAAAAGGCACAGUUGGUAAUUUGUGAUGGUGCACCCGAUGUUACUGGUCUUCACGACAUCGACGAGUAUAUACAAAGCCAGCUGUUGUUGGCUGCACUCAGUAUAACUACUCACGUAUUGAUGACUGGAGGAAACUUUGUAGCCAAGAUUUUCCGAGGCAAAGAUACGAAUUUGCUGUAUUCGCAGCUACGUAUAUUUUUUGAAAAAGUUUCCAUAGCUAAACCAGCAAGUUCGAGAAAUUCUAGCAUUGAAGCUUUCGUCGUUUGCCAAAAUUAUCGAUGUCCAGAUGGUUAUAUUCCGCAAAUGAUAAAUCCAAUGAUUGAUGAUGUGCAAAUGAUAGUGAAUGCAACGGAUUCGAGUGUAAAUCAAAAACUUAUACCUUUCGUUGUUUGUGGUGAUCUGCGUGGGUUUGAUUCCGACAUGUCUUAUAGUUUGAAUCUCAAUGAGGACUCGGAAUAUACAUAUAAGGAAGUUGUGCAAAAGCCCAUAUCUCCAGCUUAUAAAGAAAUUUUAGAAAAACUUAAAAACUGCUCUAUCAAACAUUCGGCCAUAACUAUUAAACAUGAAGAUGAAGCAGUAACUACUGAAUCAGCAUCGAACGAUGACUCAAAAUAGAGCAUAUUAAUAAUAAUCUAAAACAUCUUCCAAUAAUCCCUUUGUUUUAAACAUGUAUUUCCCUUAUAAAAAUAUUUAUAUACAUUUGCAAAUUAAAUAAUAAACUUGAUAAACGU